ACGAAAGCGCCCGCUCGCAGCCCAGCGCCAGGCGGCGGAGUCCGGCCGCGAGCGCGGAGGGCGGCCGGGCAGGUGGGGCGCUUCCCCGCGGGCGGGGCGCGGAGCUGGGGCUGCAGACGCCGACGCCGCGCUCCCUGCGCUCGCCGGGCUCCCGCGCCGCGCGUCUGGCCGAGCGGGUGGCGGGCGCUCCGGGACCACCCGGCAAUGCUGCCUCCGCCGCCGCCUCUGUAGGGAGCGCCCGAGCCCGCCGCCGGGAGAGGUCGGCUGAACAAAGCUCAGACUCAAUUGUGCUUCCUGCUUGUCAGCCUCUUGCCUCCCAAACGAGUACCAUUUCCACUUGAUGUCAUCAGACAGAAGGGGGUGAAAGAGACUCGGUGACAGAUUCAGACCAUGCGUGAAGAAUGUUCCAUUCCGAACUUUGCCUGGGAUAUUGGGAAUCUGGUUGGAAGACCCUCUGCUCAUCUGAAAUGAACACACCUGAGCAUGCUUGAUGCCUGUGAGCUCCCCCAUCACCUCACGACGUUGGGAAGCCUCAGAGAAGGCAGGUGCUGGAGCAGUGGCCUCUGAGGGCAAGCUUCUUCCCUGUGGCCUUGACCUUCCUGUACCCAGUGCACGAUGGAGACGCUCUCCCAAGAUUCCUUGCUGGAAUGUCAGAUCUGUUUCAAUUAUUACAGUCCCCGGCGAAGGCCCAAGUUGCUGGAUUGCAAACACACCUGCUGCUCGGUGUGCCUUCAGCAGAUGAGGACGAGCCAGAAGGACGUGAGGUGCCCGUGGUGCCGAGGCAUCACCAAGCUGCCUCCGGGCUUCUCCGUGUCACAGCUCCCCGACGACCCCGAGGUCCUCGCCGUUAUCGCCAUCCCGCACGCCUCCGAGCACACCCCGGUCUUCAUCAAACUUCCCAGCAAUGGGUGCUACAUGCUGCCCCUUCCCAUCUCCAAGGAGCGCGCGCUGCUGCCCGGAAACAUGGGCUGCCGCCUGCUGCCCGGGAGCCAGCAGAAGCCAGUCACUGUGGUGACCAUCCCUGCGGAGCAGCAGCCUCUGCAAGGCGGGGCUCCCCCAGAGGCAGCGGAGGAGGAGCCAGACCGGCGGGGCGUGGUGAAAAGCUCCACUUGGUCGGGGGUGUGCACUGUGAUCUUGGUGGCCUGCGUCCUGGUCUUCCUGCUGGGCAUCGUGCUUCACAACAUGUCUUGCAUUUCCAAGCGCUUCACUGUGAUAUCCUGUGGCUGAAGCAGGCUGCGGGGGCGUGACUGGUGGGUGCCAACUCUGGGUGGAGCAGGCGUUGAUGAUGGGACUUGGGUGAGAAGAUGGGGGCGACGCUGAUCAUUUGGUGCCAAGCGCUGGCCUCCGGGCUGCCAGUUGAUUAACCCAAGACAGACACGGAGGGGCAGAAUGUGAGGUCUCAACAAAGAUGCCAGACGGGUCGCUCUGAGCAUUGAUGGCGCAGCUUCGAAGACGAUUGCAUGCAUCCUCAUAGUCAUUUAUAAAAUGGACUGUAACUUACGAUUUUCCAAAGUCACGUGAUGAGAUAGACAUAUUCUACUUAGAUGUUGACCUGUGCAAGUGCAUAUGAUGUGAUCUUCUCUACAUGUGGUAGAUUAAAACCAAGAUGCUAUGUGUACAAGUAGAAUCCAACCUGAGAAUGAAUCCAUGACCAAUUCAGUGACGACACGCAGUGCUGUUUUCUUUUCUUUUACAACCGAAAUCCAGUCUUCACUUAGUUGCUAAGGCUUUUUAUACUUUUUGAAUGGCGCCCGAAUUAAACUAAGUUAAGCGGACCGUCGUUUUUUGAAGAAACUAUUUGAACAAGUGUUUCCAAUGUAUUGUGUUUUGUUUGUCGUGUCCCUUCAUUUUUCUUCCCUUGUAAUUAGAGCUCGAUAUGUGUUUAUUAAAUGGAAAGCUCAACAGGGGAGCAAUAAACUGAGUAAUGAUGAGAAAUGUCUAAUCCCACAGGAAAACUAUAUGCCAAUUUUUCUCAAGCCAUCUCACAAAAUAAGAAUUUUAAAUGUAAAUAUUGUGUAUUUAUAUGAGUGUGUGUAAUUCGGUUUACUUCGGGUUUUGAAUCUUUUCAGAAGAAUCUUGGUAGUAAGACUCAGUAGGCAUGAAUGAGUGCAGGGUCUGAAACGGUGCCACCUACCUCCUGGGCACUGGGACCCACUCAGUGAGGAGUCACACACUCGUCACUUCCAACACCUGCUCUUCUUUUGUGCAGUCGAGUUGUGAGGCACAAAUGGAGAGUAACAGAACCUUCUGUCUUUUCUCCCAGUUUGGGAAUAUUGUAAUAGUGUUGUUAACCGAUGAUAAACCUGGACUGGCAUUUUAAUAGACAGUCCACAGUUAUUUUUUGAAAGAGAUUAUUGUUCCAUGAGAGUUGAACCAUUCCGAAUUCCAGUUUUCUUUUGUUGUAUAAGUAAGAAUAUCCCGUAUAUCUGGAAAUGUGUUUUUAUUGAGAAAAGUGGUGAGGUAAACCUAGAACUCACAUUCUCAAUUUAAAUGGACCAGUUCAUCCUAAAUUCUUAAGUGGGUAAUGGUCUGUAGAUGCUCACAAAGAAAGAUUUGCUAGAUGAAAUGACGAAUUCCUAUACUGUGUGUGUGUGUGUGUGUGUGUGUGUGUGUGUAAAUAGCUGUGAGCUUUACAGUCCUAAUUUCCUUUAUGACAUUCCUGAAGCAAGUGGUAUGUGACAAGGACUCCUCUCAUAAAUAUCUAUGUUUAUGUUCCAUUGAAUCCAUGAAAAUAGGGGAGAGGAAGAUAAGCAGUGACUGGCUCCAAAAAGCAAAGCUGGAAAUAACCCUCUAAGAUGGAGACAAUUUAAUUUACUUCUAUGCUAGCUAUGACCUUCAAGCAGCACAAAAUAUGCACAUUAAAGUGAUGGAAAUUAGGAGAGAUAAAAUGACAAUAUAAUGACUAGAAUCCAGAGCCAACACUGUUCAUUGGUGUGAGGAUUCAAUUAAAAAAAAUAUGAACUCGGGCUUUUCAAAUCUUUCAAAUUUUUCAUAAGACCUUUAGGAAAUGUAUUUGAAAGCUCAAACUAGAUAUUAGGUUAAAAUGCCAUUUUACUGUGUAAGCUAUUGGGCAUUAUACAAAAAUCUAGGAUUUAUUUGGUAUGAAUAAUUUAGGUAUCAUAUUAGCUGGAUGCUAUCCUCUGUUAUGUAACAUAAUAUACUGUUGGGUUAGUGUCAAUUUCUCCAACUGAACCAGGCUGCUGUAAUGCACAUCUGACCCAAUUUCUGCUCCUUUUGGGGGGAAAAAAUAACACCAAAAACACAGAAAUGUUGCAUUGAGAACACUACAUUUCAAAUGGACUUUACCCUUGCAAUUUUAAGCCAUGCCAUAUUCCAAAUAAUUUUGUAAAUGAUAUCUACAUAUGUUUAUGUACAGUAAGAAAUGACCGGCCAUGUACUGUAGUAUUUGAUAGACUUCUAUGUGUUAAGUAGGUUAUAUACAGACACUAAAGUAUGUGAUAGUACAGCGCCCCGUGUUUCUUAGUGUAAAAAUAUUGAGUCAAGUUACCAUUCACGUAACUUUUAUUUAAAAACAAUCCGAUGCUAGAGCUGCAAUUAAGCAGUGCGAAGUUAAUCAGCUCCGUGAUAGAACCUUGACUUUACAACCUAGGUUAACAAUAACAACCAAAAGCAGAAUUUUCUAUGUGAGUCUUACUGACAUAAAAAACAGUUUGAAUGAAUUCUGCCUACAGUUACUUGUGCACCUGUUUGUUAGGGUGUACGUGUGUGUGUGUGUGUGUGUGUGUGUGUGUGUGUGUGUGUGUGAUGUCUUAGCCUGCCAGACAGAAUUUUUAUGGACUUGAUGUUUUAAUGGUAUUUGGCAUCCCAUUGCUCUGGCCUCUUCUGGCAUUAACCCAUGACACUAACAACUCGUCGACCCCAUGUGACCAAAGUCCAGUGGCACAAUCGGCCAGCAUUGACAGUUGCAUAUCAAUGAAAAAGUCACAACUGAAAGCACAGAAAGUUAGAGUUGAAAGCAACCUCCAGUGGCUUCAUUUGUAGGUGAGUCCAUUGAGGCCCACAGACUGAUAGAGCUGCUUGAAAUUCUGCAGCAAAAGGGAGACAAGAAAUUCAUACUUCUUCCUAGGCCUGUCAUGGGCUCUGCAUGAUCUUCAGGGUGGAUGAAUACCCUUUACUAACUCAACUCUUGCUUUAAAGUGUGUUUGUGUGUGUGUGUAUGUGUGUCUAUGUGUGUGUGUGUGUGUGUAGCUUUCUAUACUGGUAUUCAUUUUAGUUAGCAUCUACCUCUCUGGGAAAUGAAAGAAAGGUUGAUUUAGAGGAUGAGUUACAGAAGUUUAAAAGAAACCAUGUCAUUUGAAUUUUUAAAAUUGCAAGCCAUUGGUUUCCCUCCAUCCUUCCCUUCUGUGUAAAGGACGAGUGUUGUGUAAAUAGUAAACUAUAAGAAGCAUGAAUUUUCACCUUUAUUAAUGAUCUUGACCUAAGCAAGAGAAUGCUUAAUAUGUUAAGUAGAGCCAAGUAGGCUAUCAAAAAGCAUUGUCUUUGGAACAUUUUUUUGUACAAUAACCUGGGGCAUAAGUUGUGAUGAAAAGGCAAAUCAUUUCUUAGUUCCAGUCAUACUUUAUGAUCAGAAAGCUUUAAGGUAUUUUCUUUAAACAUAUAAUUAAAUUUAAUCUUGCUCACGACUGAAUAGUGGAUCCCUUGAAGGUUAAACCAUUGAGGAUGCAGCCCUUGGGAUCUUCUAGGUUGGCACUGCUCAGUAGAACUUUCUGUGAUGAUGGAAAUAUUAUGUAGCCUAUGCAGUCCGAUACAGUAGUCGCUAGCCACAUUGGCUAUAGGCAGUUGAAAUGGGGUUAGUUUCCUGAGUUACUGGAUUUUGUGUUUUAGUAUUUAAUUUUAAGUUAUUUAAGUUUAGUAGCUCAUGUGGUUAGUGGCUAACACAUUGGAUAGCACAAUUCUGGAUGGUUGUACAAUGAUAUCUAGCAUCAAAGUGUUAGGAGUAACAGAGUAAGGCUAAGACAGUUCGUGGUUUAGUAGUAACAUGCAGUUGACUAAAAACAAACCAUUCUGGAUUUAAAAAGUAUAUGAUCGCAAGUAUGAUAGUAAAAAUUCAUUGAUUGCCCUUUGGGGUUAUUAGAUACUUUGGGUCAGAGCACGAUCAGUGAAGCUGAGAGUGCUUUAUGAAGCCCCUUUUCUGGGAUCAUUUGCUGCAUGUGAAUUUAUUGUCCAAAAAUAGUAGUUGCACAGUAGCUGUAAAACAUUCGACUUUCGACUUGCAAGUUUUGCAUGACCUGUAACUGUGAAAAUGUGUUUAGGGUCUUAUGGCCAAAAAGUAAAUGUUACUGUGGGGGAAAAAAAAGCCUAAUGAAAUCUCUCUUCACUUCCAGCAUCUUACACAGACUUCACUGCUACAUUAGUAAGGUGUGAGGUGUAAGAGCAAGCAUGUUUCACAGUGUUCAUAAAGAGUGUUUUUGUUUGCCCUUGAAGUCUUCCAGUUUGUUAUUGUAUGUGGUGUGGGCAUAUGUGGGCAUCAUUUUUCAUUUGCCAGACUAAAACAUAGGUACUAUUUUUAGAGUCAGAUUUGACAUUGUUUUAGUCUUGCAUUUUAUUUUCAUUAUCAUGGAAAGAAUAGAAGAUUUGCAGCCUGGCACAAAGACACUUUUUUUUUUUUAACAUUAAAAACAUUACCCGUGGAAGUUACUAAAAUUGCUUUUUAAGUGAGUAAGUGGAAGCAGAAAAUUCAAUUUGAUAUAUAUAUAUUCAUAUUCAUAGAAAGAUCAGAUGCUUCCUGAUAGUACAGUAUUCCACUCUAGAUUUUUAUUUUAAAAGUUCCCAUUGCUUUAUUUGAAAACCCAUGCUGUGUCAAAAUUGGUUAGUCUGUUUUUAAUUGUUUUUAGAAUAUAAUGUAAACCAAAUGCAUUUGCUUCUAAUUAGCAGAAUUGAAUCGGGACCCCCUUGACUGCCCCUCCUCCCCCCGAAAGAACUCAUCAAUGGGCAUUGACCAUUCUUUUUUAGCUUGUUUAUGAAAAUUACUAAAAAUUAUUUUUUGCCAAAAUGAUAGGUUUUUGUUAGACUUACAAGGAAGUUAGAGGUGCAGAAGUUGUUGGAGGAGUGAUAUGCAAAAGAUUUGAAUUUCUUCUCUGAGAAAAAUGCUGCUGCUAAUCCGUCAGCAUUUUGUUUCCACACAAGACGAGUCAUCAGUCAAUUGCUCUGUCAUCCUUGACCUAGAAGAAAGGAGCUGUUCCUUACCAUUUCCAUCAUUCUCAGUAAAAUAUCACCCACAGAAUAAUCCUUACCAAAACAGACUCCAAAGAAGAGUGAGAUAGUCAAGAUAAUUCGGUAACUGUUUUGAAAAUAGUAGUCUACUUCAAAAGUGAUGAUUAGUUGCUGAAUUUUGUUCAACAUGAAACACUUCUUAAAAAUAAGUGGAUAUUUAAGCCAUUGAUUUUUCUGACAAUUGAUUCACAUAUAAAUAUAGAUAUAUAUGUAGAUACACAAUUUAACAGUAAUACGAGUUAAAAAUCAAGUAAAAAUGUUGUUUGUCAUGUUUCCAAUUUGUGGGUUAUACAAUGUUGAAUUUAGAUGUCAAUAUUUUAAUAAAUUGUAUUGACUGCAUACGUUAUGUCAAACUCUCCACUAUUGUGAAUGUCUAUAUAAUCAAAAUCUUGAGACUUUUCAAAUCUAGGAAGGGGUGGUUUCUGCAUACAUUUUAUUGGAAAUUUGAAGACCAUAAGCAGGUGGGGAAUUUAAUUUCUGUCUUCCAAAAAUACUUCUUGUUUGGUUUUGCUCAAGUGGUCUUGGGUAGAGCACCGUUUUUCCUGAACUCUUAGAAUGUGGCUCUGAUUUUUCUGCACAGGUUUCCUUGCCCAGUUGAGCCAAUGACCUUUAUUUAUUUUUUUAUUUUUUCAGGAUUCACUGCCUGGGAUAUCCCACUAUGUAUAUCUCACUUAUGGUGUAGUGGUGCUUGAAAACACUCAUCUCAUUAGCUAGACUUUAUUAUUCUAGUCUAAGGUUUUUGAUACUAUUCAUAUUAUGAUCUUUUUAGGGACAAUCAGUAAUAUUUGUGGUAAAGUACUGAGGGCUCUCUUGAAGUUUGCAACAGUAUGUAUUAUAUUUGUUUUCUGGGAGUGUUUUCUAUAGCUGUUCCUGUUCUACAGCACCACUCUGAACUCAUCACUGUGGGAUGUAGGGCUAGCAGCCCACGUGAAAGUCUCUAUGACCUCCCUGGGGUGUGAGCUAUUGAGCUGUUCUAACAAGAGUUUCCCAAAGGUAUGCUCAAUUUUUAAUUUGCUUUUUGAGAAUCCAAAAGUGGAAGGUUUGAUAUGAUGGUGGUGGAGGAGCCUAAACUGUAAGAGAAAGGAAAUAGAUGAGACAAAUGCCCCUUAAAGGGGAAGGAGUUAACAUGUCAUCUCUGUUUAAAUAGUGGGAGGGUGCAUUAGCUGGUAUUUUACACUUGCUUCAGAUAAUUCCUAUUCAGGUUUUCCUAGCUGAGGGAUAACCCAACUAUGAAGUAGUUCCUGUGUGGGAGAGAUGUAGAUGUGGCCUUGGGUAUAGAGCAAAAGGUGGACAGAUCUGUUUAGCACAGUGGUCGGCAAACUGCAGCCCCUUGAGUGUGGCUCAUCCACAAAAUGCCACGUGCGGGCGCGCACGUACAGUGCGAUUGAAACUUUGUGGCCACACUCAAGGGGCCAAAGAACCUCAUGUGGCUCACGAGCCGCAGUUUGCCGACCACUGGUCUAGCAUAAAAGGGAAGGAAAUCUGUAGUGGGAUUGUAGCUCCAAAACAAAUUGUAUAGGAGCUGGAGGUUAGUCGCGGUGGAUUUCAGCUGGAAGAAACUCACCAAUUGGAAAUAAUGGCCAAGCACAAUUGGUCAUUCCAUUGUGAUCUCCCAAAUUCAAUUCAGGAUGUUUAAAUUGAAUACAGGGAUUGUCAGCAUACUGGGCAACUUCAGAGCCUGCUCUAGAGUUGGUUGCUGAGUCAUAGACAAACUCUAAUCACAUCUUAGCCAUGGAAUGCAAUGACUGUACCUAUGGAUGUAUCCUGACUUGAAUAGGUUAAUACUAUUGGAAAGACUCUUUUGAGAAUAUUUGGUUUCUAUCUGGUUGUUGUCAUUUAUUAUAUUUUUUCUUCCACCACUUGUUCCUGUUUGCCCCACUUGACAGUUGCAGGUGGGAGGCUGGCUUCAGCAAUGGGUGGUUGUGAGCUCCCAACAUAAGCCAUGCAGCUGCUCCACGGGGUUCCUGCCAUUACGGCUCCACUGGUGGGUUCCCAGGAUAACUAAUACUCCAGUCAAAUGGCUAGAUUAAUGCUUCGUAGAGGCUGUUCACUCAAGUCCUUGACAUGUUUCAUUUAAAAUUAUGUGGAUUAUUUUAGGAGCUUUUCUUUUAAAGGGCUGAAUCGCCCUACAGAUAAAUGAGCUGCUGGGCUGUGUAGAAAAUAUUGUCCAAAUGUUGCCAAAUAUUGACUUCAUAAGGGGGCUAUCAAGCUGCUGUUUAUAAGUCUGAAUGUCUUGGAAGCAUUCUUGCUUGCUCUCUCUGUUGUAGAUGGUGUCUUAGCAAGUCCUGCGUUUUUCCAAUGAACCCAAUUUUAAUAUAUGGUAUUUUUGUAUGCCAAACUGGUGUCUUGUCCUUUGUAUAUGUGGUAAUGUUGAUUUUAUGACUACUGUUAAAACACAUUUGCUAUGAUUAAAAUUCAUAAAAUGAUUUCAAA